AGGUGGUCCGGCGCAGGGCGGCAAGGCCUCGUCCGCCCAGGCCGGUCGUGCUCGCGCCGUGAGCAACGUCGGCGCGCGCCUCCUCAAGAAGCGGCAGAGCGUCGCCUACGCCGCGCACCCGGGCAUCAGCGUCGACUACGCGUCUGCGCCUGCCGUCCCGUCGCUCCCGAGUGUGCAGCAGGGCGGGCCGGCGGGGCGCAUGCCGGCCGGCGGCCCAGGAGGAGGAGGAGCAGGAGCACCCGGCUCGCAGUUCGUGCCCGGCGGGCCGGGCUUGGGACCUGUCGCUGGAUCGUCGGGUCAGCAGCAACAGCGCGCACCGCCGGGCCAGUCGCAGCAGCAGCCGCAGCAGCAGCAGCAGGCGCCGCCACGCUCGCCCCGACCCGAAGCCGAGAACCAGCUGCUCGCGACCGGCCUCGACGUCGACCAGCUCGCGCACGAAGGCUUCAAGCCCGAGGACUUCCUCAAGCAGAGCCUCCCGAGCGGGCGAGGCGACAGCCCGGCGCAGAUGGAGGACCUGCGGCGCCUCAAGGGCCGACUCGAGAGCGCGAUGAAGAUCACCGAGGGCGAGCUGCAGAAGAGCGUCUUCAACAACUACGCCGACUUUGUCCUGAUCUCGAAGGAGAUUGCGACGCUCGAGAACGAGAUGCUCGAGCUCAAGGGCGUCCUCGAGGAGUGGCGCACGGUGCCCGAGUCGCUCGAGGGCGGGUGGGGCGACGACGACCUGCUCAUGGGCGCAGGUGGCCUGAAUCGGCGCGCGCAGCGCAACUCGAUCGCCGACCUCGCGACCCUGUACAAGUCGCAGCUCUCGGCCCUGUGGGAAGGCGUCGAGGGCUCGCAAAAGUUCCUCCCGUACGUCGCCGGGCGCCACAUCAUCACCGAGGCGUCGACGUUUGUCGAGCUGCACGCGGCGACGUACAAGCCCAAGCAGCCCGUGCACCUGUUCCUCCUCAACGACGCCAUGCUCGUCUCGGUCAAGAAGCGGCGAGGACCUGGCAUCGGUGGCUCGGUCCGGCUCGUCGCAGAGCGGUGCUUCAACCUGAGCGAUAUCGUCGUCGUCGACCUCAAGGACGCCGGCGACCUCCAGAACGCGGUCAAGAUCAAGCGCGGCAAGGAGACCAUCAUAUAUCGCACCGACAAGCCCGAGGACAAGAAGAUGCUCCUGCUCGCGUUCAAGAAGGUCGCCGAGGAGCUCAUGAACAAGCGCCGCAAGGAGAUGCUCAGCGAGGCCGAGGCGCGCAAGGGCGAUCCGCGAGGGUUCCGGUCCGAAUUUGACGGCACGUUCGCGUCGUCCGGCUUCAGCCCCGCCGCGAUUCUCGGCGUCGGGCGCGACGACCCGUCGGGCAAGGACCUGUCGUGGAUCGGCGACUUUUCGGACGAGCUCGCAGUCUCGAUCGCGACGCGCGAGUUCGAGGACGCCGUCGUCUGGGUCGAAAAGGGCAAGUCGAUCCUGCCGCAAAUCGCCGGCGACGCGCACGCCUCGCAGCUGUUCCGCGCCAAGCUCGACCAGCGCACGACCGAGCUCGUCUCUGCGCUCCUGCACGACCUGUCGGACCACGCGAUCCGCAAGUCGGGCGUCGUGCGCACGACGACGUGGCUCCUCCGCCUCUGGCAGGGCGAGCGCGCGCGCGCGACGUUCCUGAGCGCGCGGGGCCGGCUCGUGCGCAAGCGCGCGCGCCAGAUCAAGUUCGAGGGCGACAUCUCGAUGUACAUCUCGGAGCUCGCCAUGGUGUGCUUCACGUUGAUCAAGAACACGUGCGAGUGGUACAUGGCGGCGUUCAAGGACAACCGCAUGGCCUCGGGCUUUGUUCGGUGGGCGAGCGAGCAGGUCGAGAUCUACGCCGAGAUGUUCCGGCGGCAGGUGUACGGCGUCGACCAGGACGGGCGCGUCAUCGACGAGUCGCUCGAGGUGACGAAAGCGCACGGCGCCAUGCUGCGCGACGUCGGCCUCGACUUUACGUUCCUCCUCGACGGCCUCCUGCGCCCGCACAAGCCCGUCCCGCAGCCGCGCGUGUCGUCCUCGCGCCUGCGCGACGACGCCCUCACGGGCUCGCACCUGCGCCCGGCAAAGGCGACGACGACGACCGCCAGCAGCGGCGGGCAGUCGGGCGGCGAGCCGCAGUCGGCUGUCGCGCUCGCGAGGCAGAGCAUCUUUCUCAGCCAGAGCCAGCAGGGCUCGGGAGCGGGACGGCAGGGACGGAUCGAGGUGCCGAGUGUGCCGCCGCAGGGACGGGGGAGCGGCGAGGAGUCGCGCGGAGCGGUCGUUGGUGCAGCUGGACCUGAGGGCGAGCGGGUCGGUGCGGCGCAGUAGCUCGCGAGCUGGGCUCGUGCAGUGCGACAGCUCUCUCGCUCUCUC